UUGAACAAACUAUCACUAUAAAUUCAAUUCGAAACCCAAUUAUGUCGCACAUACUCGCGCUGAAACUCAAUUGCCAAUGUGGCGGAACAAACAGUCCAAUGGAUUCGCUAGUUAAGCCGAUUACUCAGGAACUUAGUUGUAUGCAAAAGUUUUUCAAAAAGGUGAGGCACCAACAGAUAGCCGAGCUUUACCAUAAGGAGUCGGAGAUGUAUGAAGCUGAAUUGAGAGCUUGGAAUCCCACCAUUUGGCACGAAGUAGGUUAUCGAUACUGCAAAUGACUUAUACUUCUAGGAUAUGCACUUUGGACUUUGUACUAUAGAAUCACAAUAUUUCAGAU